CCAUGGAGUCUGUCGAACCCUUCCCUCCACCUGUUGCUCCUAGGGUUUUCUCGAGAGUCUCAGUUUCCCCAAAACGCUUCUCAGACCUGCUCAGUUCCUCGGAAUAAUUUUAAUUUCCGGUUUAUCAUUCUUCGAUCUUUAGUUUUUUUUCAUUAUACUUUUUUAUUCUGAAGACUCAUAUGGGGAACAAGGUCACCGACGAAUUGGUAUCGACGGUCCGGUCAAUCGUCGGCUUCGACUACUCCGACAUGGACAUAAUUCGAGCUCUUCACAUGGCGCACAAUGAUGCCACCGCCGCAAUCAACAUCAUCUUCGACACCCCCAGUUUCCGAACCCACAGCAACAAACCCCCAAUCAGGCCGAAUUCCCCGGCUCAGAUUCGCAAUUCGAGCUCCAAUCCUAGCAGGGUCGAUAAGACCCAGAUUAGUUCAAAUGGUGCCUCAAAUCCAAGCAGCAGAAUCGAGAGUGAGGUUAAAGUAGAAGCCCUUGGAGAGUCGAGCGGGUGUUCGAGUCCGAUUGGGAGUGAGUGGUGGUUAGUGGGUUGCGGCGAAGUUACGGGUCUGUCAACUUGUAAGGGGAGGAGGCUCAAGUCUGGUGACGAAGUGAAUUUCUCAUUUCCGGUGAAGAAAAUAGAAACUACAUCUUCGCCGGGGAAGUUUGGCGGACGAGGGAGACAAGUGGCUGCUUGUUCGGAGAUCGUUAGGUUCUCUACGAAGGAUUCUGGGGAGAUUGGAAGAAUCCCUAAUGAGUGGGCACGGUGUCUGUUGCCACUUGUAAGGGAUAAGAAGAUUUGUAUUGAAGGUUUCUGUAAAUCUGCUCCUGAUGUGUUAGGCAUUAUGGACAGCAUCAUAUUGUCUGUCAGUGUUUAUAUUAAUAGUACCAUGUUUCGCGAAAGUCACAAGACCUCUCUCAAAGCUGCCGCCACUUCUACGGAUGAGUCAGUUGUUCAUCCCCUGCCAACCCUCUUCCGGUUGCUAGGCUUGACUCCUUUUAAGAAGGCUCAAUUUACUCCUGGUGAUUUGUAUACAAGAAAGCGACCUUUGAAUUCAGAGGACAGUUCUGUCUUUCACACUUCAUUGCUACAUGUUAACAAGGUGAAGAAUCCAUCUUUGGGUGGAAAUGAAGUCGAGAAUGACGAGUCCAUCUCAGAUGUUGAUCUUGAUAACAUUGUCGGUGUUGGUGAUAACUCCAAGCUAGAGGAAAUGGAACCUCCUUGUACUCUUCUAUGUGAGCUUCGCCCUUACCAAAAGCAGGCUCUUCAUUGGAUGAUUAAUCUGGAGAAGGGACAGCACAUGGAUGAGGCAGCAACAACACUUCAUCCUUGUUGGGAGGAAUAUCAUCUUGCAGACAAGAGGGACCUUGUUGUCUACUUAAAUGCUUUCUCUGGUGAUGCAACAAUGGAGUUUCCUAGCACUCUUCAAAUGGCCAAAGGAGGGAUUUUGGCAGAUGCUAUGGGACUUGGGAAGACCAUUAUGACCAUAGCUCUCCUUCUUACGCAUUCAGAAAGAAGUGGAUCAAGUUCCCCUUCCUCAAGUGAAGCCUUAAUUGAAAAUUGUGACACAACAGAUAUGUCAAAUCACUAUCCAUCACUCAUAAAGAAAACAACAAAAAAUUCUGGUUUUGAUAAGCUUUUGAGGAAAAAGAACUUACUGGUUGGUGGUGGCAAUCUGAUUAUUUGUCCUAUGACUCUUUUAGGCCAGUGGAAGGCAGAGAUUGAAACUCAUGCGGAACCUGGAUCCUUGUCUCUCUAUGUUCAUUAUGGACAAAGCAGAUCAAAGGAUGCACAUAUUCUAGCGCAGCACGAUGUGGUUAUAACCACCUAUGGGGUUUUGGCCUCAGAGUUUUCUACAGAGAAUGCUGAAGAUAAUGGUGGACUUUACUCUGUGAGAUGGUUUAGGGUUGUCCUCGACGAGGCACAUACCAUAAAGUCUUCGAAGAGUCAAAUUUCUCUAGCUGCCGCUGCACUUGUUGCUGAUUGUCGAUGGUGCCUUACAGGCACUCCUAUCCAAAACAAUCUGGAGGACAUUUACAGUCUCCUUCGUUUUUUGAGAGUGGAACCAUGGGGGAACUGGGCAUGGUGGAAUAAACUUGUCCAAAGGCCUUUCGAGGAGGGUGAUGAGAGAGGACUUAAGUUGGUGCAGUCAAUUUUGAGGCCAAUUAUGUUAAGAAGAACGAAGUUUAGCAUAGACCGAGAUGGCAGGCCAAUUAUAGUUCUUCCGCCAGCAGACAUUAAGGUGAUUUAUUGUGAACUCACAGAGGCUGAAAAAGAUUUCUAUGGGGCCUUGUUUAAAAGAUCCAAGGUGAAAUUUGAUCAAUUUGUUGAGCAAGGACGAGUUCUCCAUAAUUAUGCUUCUAUUCUGGAACUACUAUUGCGUCUUCGCCAGUGCUGUGACCACCCAUUUCUUGUGAUGAGCCGAGGUGAUACUCAAGAGUAUUCGGAUCUGAAUAAGCUUGCCAAGCGGUUCCUUAAGGUUGAUCGGGAAGUUGCGGAAGGGGAGGGUAAAGAUGUGCCGUCACGGGCUUAUAUUCAGGAGGUUGUGGAAGAGUUGCGCAAGCGGGAACAGGGAGAGUGCCCAAUUUGUCUUGAAGCUUUUGAAGAUGCAGUAUUGACACCUUGUGCUCACCGUUUAUGCCGAGAAUGUCUCUUGGCAAGCUGGCGGACUCCUGCAUCUGGCCUUUGUCCUGUCUGUAGGAGACCUGUCAGCAAGCAAGAUCUUAUUACAGCACCAACAGAGAGUCGAUUUAAGAUAGAUGUUGAGAGAAAUUGGGUGGAAUCAUCCAAAGUUUCUGCUCUGUUGCAAGAGCUAGAAAUUAUUCGUUUGUCAGGCUCGAAGAGCAUUGUUUUUAGUCAAUGGACUACCUUCUUAGACCUUUUGCAGAUCCCCCUUUCUCGGAGUAACAUUUCAUUUGUUCGUCUUGAUGGCACUCUCAAUCAACAGCAACGUGAGAAAGUGAUAAAACAAUUUUCUGAGGAAAGCAAUAUUCUGGUGUUACUAAUGUCAUUGAAAGCUGGGGGAGUUGGAAUAAAUUUAACAGCAGCAUCCAAUGCCUUCAUAUUGGAUCCAUGGUGGAAUCCAGCUGUAGAGGAACAAGCUGUCAUGCGCAUUCAUCGCAUUGGGCAAACUAAAAGCGUAACUAUCAAACGGUUUAUUGUGAAGGGAACAGUAGAAGAAAGAAUGGAGGCGGUGCAAGCCCGGAAACAGCGGAUGAUCUCUGGCGCUUUAACUGAUCAAGAGGUUCGAACUGCACGUAUAGAGGAACUGAAGAUGCUUUUCACUUGAAGACCAGGGAAUUGACAGCAACCUCUAUUCUUUUGGGAUUAACUGAUUGAGCUGAGGGUUCUGCGCGCUCGUAAGUUCUCUAAUCAAGAUCUGUGAAAAACAUGGCUUUAAAUCAUUGAAGUAACUGGAAUGGGAGCAUGCAUGUCAUUGUUCAAGCCAGCACUCUUAACCCACUGGUCGAAGCAAACAUGAGGAUAAAUUGGGACAUUUAGACCUCUAAGGAUAUAUAUAUGCCAUGCCAUGGCUACUUCAAUUGAGCCUACUUUAUCACCCACUCAGUUGAAUCCAUCCAGUGCCCACUGAAAGUCCUGACCCUGAGUUAUCUACCAUUUGCACUUUGUGUAAUACCGUGGCGUUUGAAUGGUCUUCUUGGCACUGAGUCCAAUUACAAGCGUGGAGCAUCAAGAAGGUUUUCUUUUCUCAGCCUUUACAGAAAUGAAUGAACCUACUAAUUCAUCCAAAUGUAAUUCAGUGUAAAUGUAACAGCACUAGCAUCUGGCUGGCAUUUCUUUUCUUUUUCAUGAAAGGAUUUGCAGUAGAACUUAGAUGUGGGCACAAGCUGAAGCUGCUUGUGUUUGUAUGUAUGUUGCACUUCAUGUUUCAAUCUAUAUAUGGUUUGUGUGUGUUUUUUUUGUUUAAAA